AUGUCGCUUACAUUUAGUACAAAUUCGCUUAAAUGGAAUCUGCCAGAAGGUCAAAACAUUGUGAAAAUCACAAACGAUACAAAACAGAAUUUUGCAAUCAAAGUCAAAUCGACGAAUGCAGAAAUCUACUCAACGGCCCCGGUUACUGAAAUUAUCAAAGCUGGAUAUGUGUUGAAUCUGGUUGUUGUUAGAAAGAAGGGUCCGAUGAAGGAUGAAAAGCUUGCAAUUCAUUACGUCGAAGUUGAACCGACUGAGAUCGACGCUGCCGAAGUUUUCAAGAAGCCGAAAAUAACCCCAAAUGUUUUCAUGAUCACAAUGAAAUGCGAAGAAUAA